AUGAUAAAAGAAGAGCAUGUGAAAAUUUGGCUUCAUCGUGACGAACACACCAUACUUGUUGGAAUUCGACCUCAAUUGGUACAUGAUCGUCAGGAAUUUGAGAUGCGAUUGGAGACGCACAAAACCACUUCGUCCGUGUCAUCCAGUAACAGUGAGAAACAAAAGGAUGAUGCUCACAAACGUCACACCAAUGGGUUCACAGUCGCUGGCGAAACAACCGCAUCAGAGGACUCCACGGACGGCAUCAUGCGACCAACUGAAUCCUGGCCGACAAAUGUUGUCAGUUUGGCACGCUCGAUACAUACUGUCUAUCUCAAACAAUUUACCAUUCACUUUGGACCCUAUUUACUGGGACUUAUUUUUCAAUCCAAUCGCACCGAUCCGUAUUUGAUCUAUGAUCCAAAUCCGUUGGAGACAUCUCGAGAUACCGAAGUGGACGCUGCAGUAUUGUCUACUUGGAACGAGUCAGUAGCUAGUGAAACCAAUAAUGUGCUCCAGAAAGAUGAUCAGUUAACGAAGGAUAAAUUUUCUGGGUUAGAACACGGGACUUCCACCACAGAAUUCGCUUCCACGGACUUACUUUUGACCACUCUGAACCCGGAUCCGAUGACUCUGACGGAAGCGAUCGAUGAACUAGCAAUCCGCUUAGCUCAAUCCUCUCUCAUCUCUGAGCAAGAUUUAGUCCUAAAACGAGCAGUAAAAACAAUGUCUCGGACUAGUCAAUCCCUCCUCAUUCCUAGCGAGCCAACUGGUCGAACAUUGGUUCACGUAGUCCCAUUGGAUGAAGUAGUUCAAUUCACAUGUGAAGGUCACGUUCCUGACGGUCAAUUGCGUAUCUUAUAUGACCGGGAUGCGUGGCGUGAACUGUCCCCGCCUCAAUUGUCAUUUCACAGUGUGGAUGGAUCGGAACAAUUGAUUCGCACCCAACUUCGUACUACUAGAGUUACGUGGUCUAAUGUGACUCAGACAAUGCUCGAUAGGGGGUUACGUGAUCUGGAUGCGCUGACUAAUGUGAAGUGUGGAUCACAUCAGGCAAGUCAGCUAAUCGAUCGUUCGUUCAGCCCAUAUAGGCAAACGGAAAAACCAGUGGAAAUUUUAUACUUUGUGACUGUGAAUGUACCAGAUUUUCAGCUGAUUGAGAAGUACGUCAGAGGAAGAUUGAGUAACCUGUUUCAUCCCAUUCGUCCAGUGGUAGUGGAAGACAAUACGGAAAAUUUUCCCAUUUUACCACUUCAUCGAUUUAUUCCAGACAGGCUCCGUCCCAGUCCCGGAGGGCAGUCACAAUCGACGCAUGUGGGGUUUUGGAAUUUAUCGUUAUCAUCUCUUUCUAAUGUGAAGCUAGUACUGAGCGUGAUCGUGGUCACCUUGGUAGUGUCUUUUAUCGUUCUGCUUAUUCGUAACUACAGCCGAAUGAGACCCAUUAUGGCCCAAACACCGGUUGUUCCUCAGUGGAUGGGUUCCGGUGAAGGAGAUGCCCCAAAUCCACUACGUCAGAAACAUUUUCAUCUACCCGGAAGAAACGUGCAAGCACGACGACGUGGUUUGUUUCCUGGACGUGCACCAUCUAUGACUAAUUCAAAUGCAUUCGAAGACGAUAAUUCAUUUCACCAAAUCACUUUCAACGAAUGCUUUCCGUCCACGGAGAUGGAAAUAACUGUACCUAAAUGGUACCGUGCUAGACGAAGAAAAUCCAAUAGCGAAUCGACUGGCCGGUCCGCCGAUCUGUCUGAUUGCUAA